AUGAUGCGCCAGCCUGAUGACGUAUUAUCCCCCACUCAAGACGGCGAGCAUGAAAGGGCAGGCAAUUACGAUACAUUCUCGUGGUGGCGCCGGUGGAUUCCGAGCGCAAAAGGCCGGAAGAAGCCUCCGAUGAAAGCAGAUCUCCAGCAUCCAGGCGGUAGUGGAGAUGUUGAGUUGAAGCACCAAAGAGGAAAAAAGGAUGCCGAUAGCGCCACAAUUUCGAUCGAUUGCCGCGUGGCGCAAACCUCCAGCGGAGGCAUCUCCCCGCCUAUUCAGCGGAAGACAAUGACUGAAGAUGACAUCCACCGUGAUUUCUCAAGCCCAGAGGAAAAACGCAGCCCGCUGAGACGGCUGUGGGGCAAGGCCCGGCGCUUCUCCAUUCUCGGUUGCGUGAAGUCCGUUGUUCCGCUCCAAGAAGUGCUGCGGACGUACAAAUGGAAUUAUCUGUUGCCGGACAUGUUUGCAGGGAUAUCAGAAGGCGUGAUGGCUAUUCCUCAAGGGAUGUCUUAUGCGAUGCUGGCACGGCUGCCGCCGCAGAUGGGUUUGUACGUGAACUUUGUGUAUCCUCUGGUGUAUAUGCUGUUUGGUACGGGGCGGCACGUGGCGGUGGGCGUCUCAGCGAUUGAAGAUUUGCUGUUGGGGGAGUCUGUAACGCGCAUAAUAGGAGAGAGGGAGCGGCUGGAAGACAUUGCGUUGGCUCGGGCCCUAGCUGUGGACCCCAAGACGUCAGCGGAAGCGCGUGCAGUUCUAGAGGCCACAGCUGAUUUGAAUUCGUCUCUGCUGCACGACAACAGAAUCGCUAUUUCCGUUGGCAUGUCUGUCUGCGUCGGCCUCGUCUUCCUCCUCAUGCGCGUCCUGCAGGCCGGGCUGCUUGCAGACCUCCUGGCUGUGCCGGUGCUCUCCGGAUUCUCCACCGCCAGCGCUUUUCUUAUUGGCACGUCGCAGCUCAAACAUGCUCUCGGCCUCAACAUCCCAGCAACUGUAGAGGAUGCAGACUUUAAACUGCUCAGACAGUGGUGGUACUGCGCGACUCACAUCAAAGAGGCGAAUUGGGUUUCUGUCUGCAUUUGCGUUGCUUCGCUCAUCGUCCUCGCCAUCUGCAAGAUGCUAAACCGGAAGUAUUUCAAGUGCGUUCCUCUCCCGGGCCCUCUGCUGGUAGUCAUUAUUUUCACGGCGUUGUCUGCGGGGCUUGGGCUGGAGGCGUCGGCGGGCAUCAAGGUGAUUGGGAAUAUCCCUAAGGGCUUCCCCUCCCCCGCAGCUCCCCGCUUUUCGACUUCGUUUGCUGUUAUUACCGAGGGCGGCGACCCUCUAGUGGUGCAUCGUAAUGUGUGUUUGAUGAUGCUGCGGGAGGCGCUGGCUUUGACAGCGAUGUUCUUCGUCAUUCACAUUUCCAUUGCCAAGACUAUCACACAGCAAAAGAAGACGUACAGCAUCCGCCCGGACCAGGAGUUGGUGGCCUUAAGCGCCUGCAACUUCGUUGGCUCUUGUUUUCAGUGUUUCCCCAACGCUACCUCCCUGUCGCGUACUUGUGUUGUCGCCUCUACGGGGGGUUUAACGCAGUUGCAUCAAAUAUCCAAUGCCUUGGUGCUGGUUUUCACUCUGUCUUUCAUGACGCCGCUGCUGUACGCUUUGCCGAACGCCGUGCUCGCCGCUGUCGUUCUGUUUGGGGUGUACGGGAUGCUGGACUUUAGGGAGUGUGUCCGUUUGGCGAAGAUAGGGGGCUUGGACGUGCUGCUGUGGCUCGUCUGCUUCUUAAUUACAAUAAUCUUCGGAGCCAUGGAAGGCAUUCUCGCCUCCAUUCUCCUGUCUCUGCUCUGGCUGCUACGCAAAACCGCGAGGCCUUCCUGUGCGAUCCUCGGGAAGCUGCCUAAGACCUUUAUCUACAGAAAUAUCAAACGUUUUCCCAUGGCCGUAGAGGAAGAAGGUAUCCGCAUCUUGCGUUUUGACGCGUCUCUGAAUUUCAGCAACAGUGAUUUCUUCGAGUCUCGCGUGCUGCAAUCUUUGUUGCCUUCAACCCGCGUAAUGAUAGUUGAUGGUUCGUCAAUAAACGAUUUGGAUGUGACGGCAAUUCGCAUGUUAGAGAGGCUGGUGAAGACGUUGGGGGAGAGGGGAGUGUUGCUGCUGUUCGCCAACUGGAAAGGGCCCAUGAGAGACUUUCUGCAAAAGGCUGCAUUCUAUGAUGUGCUUCCGCCUGAACAUUGCUUCCUCUCGAUUCCCGAUGCUGUCUUCUGGGCCAACAGAAGAAUGGCGCUCGGCGACACAUCUAAAGAAGCGCUUGAUGGAGCUGCUCCGCAGACGUGGAGCCCCCCAGGGUCGCAGCAUGCCGGUGCGCUGACUCCAGUUGGCGGCUGUUUGACGCCGAAAGGACCUCCUCCUGCCUUUGUCUUGCGUCCUGUCGACCUACACCCCCUCGGGGCAGAUAGAAGAAAGGGAGGAGGGGGCCGCAAGGCCUUCAAGCCUAGGGCAUUGCCUUUCUUUGGAACGAACGUCGCCUGCCUCAAAGGUGCGCAGACUUCGCAAAGCGAAGUCAUGCUGGACUUGCAGGAAAAGAAGAGAAGCCAUGCGGCGUUCAGAAGGCGGUCUACUCGGUCUCAGAGCCUGACAAGUCUUCAAGAGAUGGAGGCGGAAACCGCCGACGGUAUAGGCAUGCUGGGAGGACAUCACCAGUCCAUCCUGUGGGAUGGGCUGAGCGCGCGUUCAGUGGACGGGUUGCGAGUUGUGACGGAGAUUACCGGCAGCGGACAGGCAGUGCGCUGGGCGGUUUGCGCAACUGCGCAAGAAGACGCAGGCGAGGAUAAGCAUCAGCAGGAGCAGCAAGCACUGCAAGAUGCGCAGCAGGACACGCGCCGAGAACUCCAGCAAGAAAGACCACAAGAUGUAAUCCUCACCCCGACCAACCCAUCGGACCAACUGCAGCCCACGCAAAAGCCCCGCAGCGAGGCCGGCGGCCUAAAUCCUAAACCCUAA